AUGUGGUCAUUUGUGCAGCGUCGUCAAAUACGGCAGCUCGUUCAAAAAACCCAUGGAGCUGACCUCAAGCAAUCUCCAACAGCAAUCGAAAAAGGCAUACCGCCGCCUCGUCGACCCAGUCGCUUCUACAUCCCCAAGUCACGCGACAGCAAAGAAAACCAACGAGUAGACCCAGGCGAGGAAAUAAUCGUCGAAUUCGAACAAGAAGACGCCCUCAACCCCCAAAACUGGCCAUUGGCAUCACGAUGCAAGAACCUCGCCAUCCUCUCGUUACUCAUCUUCGUCCAAGGGUGGGCAGGCUCAUCCGAGUCCAUGGAGAGUUCUAGAGCGAGCGCAGAAUUCAACAUCAGCAAGGUGACGGAGAAUUUAUCUACUGCCUUGUAUCUCGUGGGUGUGGCAACAGGGGCUCCCUUUGCGGGACCAUUAUCAGAAACGUCGGGCAGAAAUCCAACGUAUCUGGUAUCUACGUUUUGCUACCUGUGUUUCAUACUGGGCUCUGCAAAGUCGUCGACAUUCGGAGGGCGAGUCGUAUGUCGGUAUUUUGUAGGAUUAUUCUCGAGUGCGACGCUGGCAACCAACGGGUCUAGCGUCCGGGACCAGUUCCGCGAUGUGAAGAGGGCCUUUGUCUUUCCAAUUAUAGCCUGGGUCAACGUGAUAGGUCCAUGUGCUGCCCCAAUAGCAAGUGGCUGGCUGGUCUCCAACCACAAUCUGAGUUGGCGCUGGCCAGACUGGACAACACUCAUCAUCUCGAGUGCUGCGUUCUUAGUUGCGUUCGCAUUUCUACCAGAGACAUACCCGCCCUUACUCUUAGACUGGAAAGCAAAGGAGCUCCGUCUUGCCACGGGAAAUCACCGAUACACAUCGCAGCAUGCGAGAACAGCAUCAUUUGUGGGCCGACUCAGACAUAAUGUCAAGCUUGGUGCCAAGUUCUGGAUAACCGAGAUGCCCAUCAUUGUGUUUGGCUUGUACCUCAUGCUUCUUUAUAUUCUUCUCUUUACAUUUCUUUCGGGUUUCGAGUACAUCUUCAAGGAUACGUAUGGGUUGUCUGACGGGCUGUUAGGAUCGUGCUUUGCCUCGAUUGCCGCUGGAUCAACUGCCUUUGCUAUCACGGCGCCAUGGCUGUAUAGUUGGGCGCGCAGACAUACAGAGUACGUACGUGGUGCGUCUCUCGAGCCCGAAUUCAGACUUUGGCCAGCAAUGGUCACAUCUCCUCUUCUCCCGAUCUCGUUGUUCUGGCUGGGUUGGACGAAUUAUCCAGGCAUAUCGUUGUGGUCUGGCCUUGCGGCUUGUUUUGUGUUUGGUAUCGUCAUAACAGCUGUGUAUAUCAGUAGUUAUGAGUACAUUAUUGAUAGUUAUGGGGAUCACUCGGCCAUUGCACUGGCGAGUAUCACCAUGGCUCGAUAUCUGGCGGCAGGGGGGAUGGUUAUGGCGGCUCGGCCGAUGUAUGAAGGCAUCGGGGUUCAUUGGACCAUGACGCUUUUGGGAUGCUUGGCAGCUGUGUUAUGUCCUGCACCAAUUAUGUUCUGGUAUUAUGGGCCGAAGCUAAGGGCAAAGAGCGAGUACACAGAUGCUUCGUGA